GAGAUUGGUUAGUGAUGAAAAAUGAAAAGUUUCUAAUUACAAAAGACGAAGAUUUGCAAAAGCUUUUAAUUGUUUAUGUCCCAAAGCUACUUGAUUUGGUGAACCUCUGUUCUUUGAUCAUUUCAAGUCUGAUUUUCGUUCAUCCCCGACAUGAAUACCAUUCUAUAUUCAAAUAUCUUAAGCAAAAUUCGAAGAUUCCCAGAAAUUCUGGGUUUUCGAAGUAGUGGAGUGCUAUGGAUGUUGCACACAAGGUGUUCGACGAAAUUUCCCAAUGCUAUUUUUUUAUAUAUCAUUCUUGUGUCACGUGACUCUCACGUUAUAAAAGCCUUGUGUCACGUGACUCACACGUUAUAAAACCCAGCUUCUUCUUCGAUGCAAUUCUGUUAUUUUCGUUGCUUCUUUUUUUCCCGCUUCACAAAUUUCUCUCUGAAGCAAGAAAGCUUAAAGAAUCUUGAGAAUCGUCUACAAUGGAGUCUUCUUCUUCUAUCACGGAGGGAAAACCCUACAAAGAUGCAAAUGAUCACAUCGCUAAAGGUAACUACAUCGAGGCAUUGAAGAUACUUGAAGAUUUGAUUCGAAUCCAUAGAGAAGAUCAAAACGCAUGGCUUAUUCGUAUCAAACAAGGUCAAGUAUUCUUAAAACUAUCGCUAGAAACAGAGAACUCUGAUAUGGAAUUCACAUACUUGUUAGGUUCUGUGGGAUGUUACUCGGAAGAUGAGAGGUUAUCACCAUUUUGUGCAAAUUCGCUUCACAUGUUGGCCAACAAGCUUGGAUCUUUGAUGUACUACAAGAAGUGUUUGGUGAAAGCAAAACUAGCUUUAUCUGUUACUUUCCAGGAUAUCACGGAUCCUGUUGUUCGGCAAAUACGAUUCAAUGAAAAACAGAAGCAGAUAUUGAGAAUAAUCAAAGAUGCAGAGUCUAAGAUUGCUUCUCCGGAGACUCUAGUUGCUUCUACUAUGAAACAAGUCUCUAAACCAAAAGUUUUGGAGUCAGAGAAAAUUCCAGAGACACGUCAGGGCGUGGUGAAAAGAUUGAGGUCGUUUUGGGUGGGAUUGGAUGUGAAGGUCAAAAGAGACUUUAUGAAAGUAAACAUUGCAAAGCUUUUAUCUUUUGUCGAGAGAGUCCGUUACAGAGAUGGACGAGAUGUUUUGGAGAACGUUCUUGCUUCUGCAAGGAAAGACAUGAUAUGGACAUUCUGGAUGUGUUGUUCGAAGAGGUUCUCUAGUGCUGAGGAAUGUAAGAAUCAUCUUGAAGAAGUACAUGCUGCAGAUUUUAAACCUGGUACAAAAAAGGAUAAGGUCCAGAGAAUAGGGAAGGACUGGGCUCGUAAGAUAUCAAAUGGAAGUUGGGAACCAGUGGAUGCAGCGGCUGCGGUUGAAAUGAUCAAGAAUCAGCUCGCAGAUGUGAAAGCGUUUGCAUCUAAAUGUAAGAAUGGGUGGUCCAAAGAAUGGCCUUUAGCUGCGGAUGAAGAGCGCGGUAAGUUACUCAAGGAAAUCAAAUUGCUCCUUGUGUCUCUUUGUGACCAUAAAACGUUAUCAUGCAGUGUUCGAGACUGGGUGAUGUAUUUUCCGGUUAAGCAUCUUGAAAAACUUGAAGUCUCUGCACAGAGUCUUGUCGAUUCUCUACUAGUGGAAACACCUCAGAGUAUCUGUUUUUUGGAAUGUCCUGAACUCAAUCAGAUUCUAGACUUUCUAAAUAACUUAAAGUGUGAAAGGAAUGAUGGUGCAAAGCUGGUUAGCAGAGCAGUGGACAGUUUCUUGGAUCGUACUCGGGUUAAAGAAAAUAUCGACUUUGACCCUCAGUUUUCAUAUCUGCUUCUGGAUAGAAGACUGCUGAAAAGCAAUAACGCUCCAUGUGAUGAUGAAAGAACAAUCAAUGUUUUUGAUCCCAUUGCCCACUACGCCAAGGCACAUGCUCAGGGAGAUGAUAUCAUACCUUGGUUAUAUGACAACAUUUCAGUAGAUAAGAUCUUUCCCAAACCUAUCAGGGAAUACAAUCUUGAUAUAUGGCUAGCUGUUCUCAGAGCUGUUCAGUUCACAUGUAGGAAUCUGGAAACCAAAUAUACAAAUCGAAAGUUGCUCUUAGGUUAUGUCACAAGUCUUAUGAUAAUCGAGAGAAUAUGUAUGAGUGAAGAUGAAAGGAGAAGGAAUCUUCAGGAAGAUCAGUGGAUCAGAUACGCAUCUAUUCUGUGCGAUGAGUGUGAAGAGAUACUCCCUGAAAUUUCCGUUGAUAGAAAAAUAUUCUUGGGUGCAGUACGAGAUGUUUUGGAAGGAGCAUUGCUUCCACCAUUUGAUGUCCCUGAUUUAGAUGACUGCUUGAAUCUUAUACGUGAGCAGAAAAGUUGUAGGGACGAUAAAGUGCUGGAGUCCAUAGGCCUUCUGACAUUAGUGGUCACCCACAAGGUUCUUCUAAUCGACUCAAAGAUUUUGCUGAUUGAAAAUUCAAGGAUUAGCUUGCUAAACAACCUCGCCAGGCUUUCUGCAUUUGACAACCGCACUUAUAUUCUUCAACUGAUGAAACCUUUCUUGCUGAAUGAAAUAAUGAAUAUGGAACGCAAAGCCAAGGCAGAUGCAGUAGCAGCAGAUCUUGCACUCGAGGAGGAGAAGAAGGCACAGUCAAAGAAGAAGAAUGAUAAAAUAAACAAGCAGAGAGCUUCAAUGAGCAAGUUUAGUCCCCUUGAUCAGACUGUUGAACAUAAACCUCCUGUCAACCUUGAACUAAAAACGGUGGAAGAAGAUUCUAUGGAACCAGAAAAUGCUCUUGCAAGUGAGAGUGGUCCAUUGGAAAGUUCAUCCAAAACUCAAAAUCAAGAGGAAGCUACUAAAGAUGGCCCUGCAGAGAUGCUAGACAUGCCUAAAGAAGAUUCACUGUCGGCACAUUCAGAGUCAGCAAUUGGAGGAGCUGCAGCCAGAUACAAUUCAGCUCUUGACAUGACGCUGAAGGCUCUCUUGAACAUUAAAGUUCUCAAAGAAGAUCUGAAGAACAAUACACAACGAUUUCAACAAGUUCCUUCUGCACUGCAACAUUUUUUUAAUGCUUUUGUGUCAGAGAGCAUAAAAACUGAGGGAGUCUACAGUUGCAUCUUGAGCGACUUACUUAGUUCCCUAGAAGAAGUUAUUUCCAUGUCGAGUGAUGCUGCUAAGGUAGUUGUAGCCAUCCUUGAGUUUUGGUGUUGCUGGAAAAAUCCAGAAGGAGAAAGCUUGGUAACUCGCCUUUUUACGUUGGCGGAAAAUGAAAGAAUGAGUUGUAGAAAAUGCAGAUGGAUUACAAAUUAUCCAGAGAAAAGUUCUUAUGCCAUUGUUAUGCCUGCAGAUUCAAUCAGACAACUUAAGUGUGCUUUUGAGAGUAUGAAGUUUGUGGACAUACUAAAAGUGAUCCGCAUGGAAUAUCAAAAGUCAUGCAACAUUAAAACAGGAGGUUGUGGAGAGUCAAACUUUGUUCAUCACUUUAUAAGUAGAUGCCCGCCUGUCUUCACAAUUGUCUUGGAAUGGGAGAAGAGUGAAACUGAGAAAGAAAUAUCUGAAACAACAAAGGCUUUAGACUUGGAGUUAGAUAUCAGCAGGCUAUACGUAGGCUUAGAACCAAACACUAACUACCGGCUGGUGUCAAUGGUCGGUUGUGGUGAAGAAGAAGAACACUUUUGUUUAGCUUAUGAAAACAACCGGUGGGUCAAUCUGGGACGAGAGUCUUUAGCAGGAGAGGAUGUCAGUAACUGGAAGAGUGAGGUCAUUUUCUUUGGAGAUUUUAAGGUCAAUCUCAGACAAGAGUCUUUAUCAGGAGAGGAUGAUGGCAACUGGAAGAGUGUGGUCAGUUUCUUUGGAGAAAGGAAGAUUCGACCAGAGAUUCUAUUUUAUGAAGCUGUCGGAUCGAUGGCCUAA